UUUAGGCAAAACAUUGUAAACAAAGUAAAGCGAGAGCAAGUUAUUUAGCAUAGUAUUGUAAAACGGAUUUCCUCACCGUACAUAUUGCGGAACGUCCGCUUAAAAUGUCCAAUCUAUUAUGAACCAUGUGGAUCGGUUGAUCCGCUUUUCAAGUGUUGUUACAUGAUUGGGGUAUGAUUCGGGUAUCAACAAUGUUGAGUAUAAAUGUGAAUAGAUAUCAAUGAUCGCCGAUCGCCGUUCAAGCAUGGCUUUUCUGGGCAAGAGUUUUAUAAAACGGACGGAAUGCCAUGCAGAGGAUCUCCAAAAACAAAAAGUAAGCACACUCAACAAAAUAUAGAUGGCUAACUGAAAGAGGCAUCAAAAAAAGACCAUGUAAAGAAACCGGUGAAGCUGUCAGUGCCCAAAACUCCGCUCAGGAAGGCCCAGCGACCCAUUGGCGGUAUCGCGCAUCGGCCAGUUUACAACAACGACCACGCACCCGCUUUAUCAUAAAGUGCAACUACAAAGAAGUGAGCAAAAAAGAUAAUGUCGGACGUCAUUCGCCUGUUGGACAGCUCAGGCACAAAUGUUCUCGACUCUGUCUCAACAGACUAUGAAGACUCUUUUUGCCUCGAAACCUUUGGAGACCUUAUUUCCAUGCACCGCGAGUCCGAACCAAAAGGCACAAAAGAGUUUAUUAUUGCAAGAGUACAAACGUGGGAUCAUAAGCAGCCUGAAAAAGCGUUUUAUUCUUAUUACAGCGCAUACCAGUUGAACAAGAUUCUCAUCAAAACACAGAAAUAUAAAGGAAAACGAUUGAUCCAUCGACUGCAUGUCUUGAAUCCAUUGACGAAUACAGAUAUUAUUGGAAAUGUUCAGUAUUUUAUGGUAAAAUCUCAAUCAGAUGCAAAGGAAUCUGAAAAUGAGGCAAAUCCAGCAGAAACUUUGCAACCUGUAGAGGUAACAUCCGUACCAGAACCCGUCCCAGCUCCACAAGAAAUGCUGCAAGUCCUCCAGCCCCCAAUUCCUACUGAUAACGAAGGAGACGAAGGCCUCCCUUCCUCACCAAUAGGACCGCUUCCCCCUCCCAUGAUGAAACCUGCUCGGAAACGGCCCACUUCCCUCUCCAUCAAAACUGGCCCACACUCUCUCCCCCGUCCUGCGCGCCGGAACUCGGAUCUCAUCAUCCCGCCCAGUCCAAGCGUCAAGCAGGUGGAAGCAGGAACAGCAACGUCAUGGACAAUGAGUGCUCCUAGCGCUGUCGAAGCGCCCGAUGAUGAACCCCUGUUAGCAGGUGACCGGAAAGCCGAUGCCACAGGCGAGGAAGCCAAACAGCAACCACGGAAAAAAUCCAUUUUUUCCAAUAUCAUGUCGCCUCGUCGAAAAUCUGUCGCACCAGGGACACCUAAAAAGAUGUUGUCCAUGCGUCUCAGGGCUUUCUCUGAUAAAUCCACACCACAAGCUCAUGCACCCUCUCAACGCCGUCACCAUUCCGCCGGCGAUGCUUACCAUCCCACAACGACCACCCCGCCGCUAGCCCAGCCGCCCAUGUCAGCGUUCCCAACCACGCACCCAGACGCGACAAAAGUUCCUGUACCCGCAGGGAACGUAACCCGUUUCGCCGUUCCGGUUCCCAUUGAAGAACUGACUUCCCUUCCCCCUACAUCACGAAAUAGGAGAAGAACCCUCUCCUACCACAACGCUGUAACAGCUGCAGGAACUCACGCAUCCUUUGAAGACUGGUUGCAUAUGGUUACAUUAGAGCGAAAGGCAUUCAAGCGGAAGGGAUCAAGAUCAGAUGCUGGGGAGGAGUACGAUGUUGUGAGGCCAUUUGGGAGGGCUAGUUUGGUGAAUAAGGGGUUGAGGAUUAGUACUCCAAAGUUGGAUACCAUUCGAGGUUCGCCUCCUGCAAAGCAGACAGGGGAUAUUAAUCAGUCGGCACCCACGACACCGAAAAAUGAACAGGAACAAAAGGAAGAGGAGCAUGAACAAGAUGAUGAGACAGAGAGCACGAUCAAUAUCUAUGAUGCCAUACUAUUUGCUACAGAUAUUGAUUUUCUGGAAAGUAGUAAAGUUCGGGCCAUUUUCCGGGAGAAUGCUGUGACGCCGGAUGAUGCCAAGCUGUUUGAAUUGCCACCUGUGCCUGCUGAAUCGCCGUCGCCGACGUCGCCGAGACGGCCGCCAGUUUCACCGGAUGAACCUCUCUGCUUUUGUUGUUAAUUGUACACGAUGAGGGUCAUUGUACUAUGGUAAAAUGGGUUAUUGAUUAGCCAACAUGAAAUACAUAUUACGAGUGAGCAAGUUACUGGGACAAACUGUUGUUGAAAUACACCCACUCCAUACGUUUAUUUCUUUCAUUUAGUGUUUUUACAUACGUGUGCUAUGGCAAAUACUAUAUCUACUAGGGUUCACCCACCUCUAGUACUA